UCGGUAUAGCACCGUCGACGGAGUGGAGACUCACGUGGUGAACCAAGUUACAACCGAAAAGUUAAGCGCCAUGAUGGCCUGUGCCUGGCUUGUUUCCAACGACUUCGGAAUACUAACUGCUGCCAGCAACGUCCGAUGCCGUGCGAAAUAGGUCCUUCGCAUAUUGUGGGAAAUGGAACCAUUGUCGGCUACGUGCGCAACGGCGACUCUGUGGCAUCGCGGUCGUUUCCCUCGACCAGAGAAUGGCCCGCUAACCGGGCUCUCGGUAUCUCGCCCCAAUAUGUGCAUUGCGAAGAGUAGUACCGACACGCGACCUCCGUGCAACUUGUACGGUUGUAAGUGUACUCUCUGAUAUCAGUCUCCUUACAGACAUAAAUACCCUCGCAAGUUCCGCCUCUUGCAAUGAUCAUCACAGAACAUCAUCACCAUCCUACCGAGCGGUCCAAGACACUGUCAUUUGAGAUACACUAUCUUCCACACUCGUUAGACACUUCGUCAUUACAAUCCCUUCGUAUAUCGAAUCGCACUCACUUGCUAUCCCUCUCUUCAACUCUGCAAUGGCA